UAGAUGCGUGAUGGAUCCCUUAAACCACAACUAGCAAACAUUUCAAUCUCUGUCUUUAAAAGCAAAGAUAAUCACAAAAUCCAUUCAUCCCUUCAUAUAUAAUCAUGGAUUCAUCUCAAAGCAAUAAUUUCUCAUAUGUUGUUCUCUUUUCGCUGAUAUUAGGCUUAUCACUGUUGUUGCAGCUUCCAUCUACGGGAGCUCUAACAUGUGGCGAUGGAGAAACUUAUGUUCUUAACAGGACAGUGCAUGUCAGUUCCGAUCAGUUCUGCAGGACUUGCCCCGUAGAAGUCGAGGAGUUAUGUAGACUGCAAGGAAGACCUGUGUCCACAGUAGAGUGCAAUUGGUGGAAUUCUCCCCCACAACUAAGGGAAUCCAGGUGCGAAGGUUGUUGUGGUAAACCUACUGCAACACCAGCGCGUCCAAUAUCAAACACUGAAUGUCAAGCAGGAGACAUAGAGACAUCUUUCCCCUUGUAUCCUAAUUUCCCUUGGGAUUGUGGUCUAUGUCAAGAAGGUUGCGAAGAGAAAUGUGCGCAUGAAAGUAAAUGCAUGAAAACUGGACCUACCAAGGUAUCUAGACAAAUGUGCACAUACAUGCAAUACUGGGGGGAAGCCAUUUUUGUGUGCAAUUGCUGUUGCAGAAAGACAAACGCUUUAGUAUCGCCUAUGUGAUUUUAAUUAAACUUUGUCAUGUACCUUGCUUUUGUGUGUUUCUCCGUGACCUAGCUGCUGGUAUUCAUUAAGAUUAUCGAUCUAAUAUGGUAAGUUCGUUAGAACCUUAUACAUAUUUCAUUGAUAUGAUUCCUGAACCAUAUAAUAAACUUAAAUAGACAAGCAGCAUGCACUAUAUAUCUUCUAUUUGUUUUGGCAUUUGUUUCUGUAUUUGUGUUUGUAUCUGCACGGUGGUAAUAUUGUACUUGUCUGUGUUAUUUUCCGAAUGAAUAAACAUUUUGUUAUUGUGAUUA